CACACCAUUCAAACACAGUCAAACCUUACAUUCGACAUCAUGAAGUUCACUUUUGGUUUAUCCGUUAUUCUCACCAUUGCCAUGAUUGGUGCUUUGGCCGCUGACCCAGAAGAGCGGCUCCAAGCCCAAUUGGGUGAAGAACAAGAAGAAGGCUUUGGAGGAUCCGGAGAUGUGUUCACCUUGCAUUUCAACGAUUGUUCCCGUCAAUUCUGCCCAACCGUCAGGCAUGAAUGUUGUUGCGAAGGUGCAUUAAGCGGAGGCAAGGCUUGCUGCGAGGUGAAGACCAAUACCCAAGCCUGUGCUCUCUACAUUUGCAAUGGCCAGCACUGGGAAUGCGCCGAAGAGUGCUGAAUUGGAGCUAAUUUGACGAUAAUUCAUGAUGUGAAUGAAUUGACGGUUUUGAAGCGAAUCAAAGAUCUGUCAUUUCAGGA